AAACAUGGAUGAGUGCAUUUGUAUCAAUCGUGUGCAAGGUAAUUUACAUUUGCGCUUUCAGCUCUCUGAGUAAGACUUAGAAGUAGACCUCAGGCAUGUCGUAGAAGGGAGGAGGGUUGAAAGGACCAGGGCGGAAAAGGACCAGGGCGGAAAGGACCAGGGCGGAAAGGUCCGGUGACGAUAGGCUUCUUUCCAUGGCUGCUAUCCUUGCCCUUGCCGUUAUCCUUGCCCUUACCGUUACCCUUACCGCUGCGCUGGUUAUAGAUAGCUGCAUCCAGACCAGCACCAACACCAGUGCCGAUCAGCUCAACACCCAGGUCACCCAGGAAGUCUUUUCCACGGCCGCUGCCGCGACCGCGACCGCCACGCUGGUUGUCAUCCUCAUAGUCCUCUUCAUCAUAAUCGAUACUACGCUUGUUGUAGAUAGCAGCGUUGAGACCAGACUCCACACCAGUACCAAUCAGCUCAACACCCAGGUCACUCAGGAAGUCCUUUCCACGGCCACUACCGCGACCACGACCACCACGCUGGUUGUAGAUGGCAGCAUCAAGACCGGCACCAACACCAGUGCCGAUCAGCUCAACACCGAGGUCGCUAAGGAAAUCCUUGCCGCGACCGCUACCGCGACCACGACCGCCGCGCUGGUUGUAGAUAGCAGCGUUGAGGCCGGACUCCACACCAGUACCGAUCAGCUCAACACCCAGGUCACUCAGGAAGUCCUUUCCACGGCCACUACCGCGACCACGUCCUCCACGCUGGUUGUAGAUAGCAGCAUCCAGACCAGCACCAACACCAGUGCCGAUCAGCUCGACACCGAGGUCGCUAAGGAAGUCCUUUCCACGGCCCCGCGACCACGACCACCACGCUGGUUGUAGAUGGCAGCAUCAAGACCGGCACCAACACCAGUGCCGAUCAGCUCAACGCCCAGGUCGCUGAGGAAGUCCUUUCCACGGCCACUGCCACUGCCGCGACCACGACCGCCGCGCUGGUUG